CAGAACAGAGCUGAAAUAAACAAGACAGGUUGGGAACUUGGGUAAAACUGAAUGGCUGCAUGAGUAGAGAAGGGAGUGAAAGUGACCUGAUCACGGAGUCCAGUUUCUGUGCUCGUGGGUUACCUCUCUGCAGCGGCGACUUGGAUCCUUGGUCAGGAGUCGAGCAGAGACCAUGAGCUGUUGCUAGCUCUAGCCUUCUGACUUUCAGCUCGUGCGGGACGCUGGAGGCACCGGGGAUAAUGGCGGACUGGGUGCUCAUUGGACUGAUCGGGGCCCUGGUCGUGCUGCUGCUGCUGACGCUCUUUGGCUUUGCCGUCUACUCGGGGCUCUUCACGGAGGUGGUGGUGAGUGCUGGCUCGCCCCCCAUCGGCAGCAUCACGGUGGCGUACAAGUUCAAGGUGGGGCCCUACGACGAGUCUGGCGAGCUGUACACCGAGAGCUGCAGCAUCUCGCCCAAGCUCUGCUCCAUCGGCGUCUACUACGACAGCCCGCACACGGUGCUGCCUGAGAAAUGCCGCUACCUUGCAGGCUGCAUCCUGAGCGAGGGUGAUGAGAAGCCCUCGGAGGACCUGGUCCGGUACUUCAGGAAGUACGGCUUCAAGAUCAUUUCCUUCCCGGCACCCAGCCAUGUGGUCAUGGCCACCUUCCCCUUCACCACCCCCUUCUCCAUCCAGCUGGCGGUGAACCGGGUCCACCCGGCCCUCGACACCUACAUCAAGGAGCGGAAGCUGUGUGCCCAUCCCAGGAUGGAGAUCUACAAAGGAGACCGCAUCUAUUUCAUCUGCCCCCUGGCCCGCCAAGGGGACUUCUAUGUGCCGGAAAUGAAAGAGCUGGAGAGGAAGAGCAGAGCGGUGGAGGCAGAGGAGGCACAGACCGAUGUCACAGAUGUUUGCGAAUGGAUUCCUUGAAGGGAUCCCCCCAGGCCCAUUCAUGGGGGAAGCCCAAACUACUGUUCCCGUGGUGGAGAUGGAGUGUCCCAAGCUCUCAGUACAGCACCUCUCAGCAGCCUGACUGUUUAGAAAAAACUAAGCCCAAAGC